GACACAAGUCGUCACUUUAAGUCGACUUUUGAAAAUUGUUUUUUUUUCCUAUCUGUUCGCUGGUAACUUAAGGGGCUAUUCCAGCUACUCACGAACGAGUAGAUGAGCUCACAGGCUCAAACUGAAAGAAUUUGUAACACUACUCCUAUCAAGAGCAGUGCGUCGCAGAAUAUACCACCGAAACGGAAUCGCGACCCACUGAGAAGAUCUAGCGCGAAACUCAUUGGACUUGAAUAACAUAGUAAUUAAAAUUACUCCAAAAAGGCCACCGCAAAAAACACAUCGACAUCAAUUGCGUAGACUCUCUCGGUCGCGGGGCUUUGACCUUGUCAAUUGACGGGGAGAACUUAGAGAUGGUGGAACUCCUCGUCAUCAUGGGAGUGGAAACAAGAGACGCUUUGCUGCAAGCAAUCAACGCGGAGUUUGUUGAAGCAGUUGAAUUGUUACUAGAGCAUGAAGAGUUAAUUCACAAAGACGGUGAACCAUACAGCUGGCAAAAAGUUGAUCCAAACACAGCAAUGUUCACUCCGGACAUAACACCUCUGAUGCUGGCGGCUCAUAAGAACAACUAUGAAAUAAUCAAGAUACUUCUAGAUCGUGGUGCCACUUUACCUAACCCUCAUGACGUCAGAUGUGGCUGCGAGGACUGUAUCCGACAAUCUACUGAGGACUCUCUGCGACACUCACUGGCACGCCUCAAUGAAUAUCGAGCUUUGGCAUCUCCGUCGCUCAUAGCUCUGUCUUCUACAGAUCCUAUAUUAACAGCCUUCGAAUUGUCUUGGGAACUGAGGAAUUUAGCCUUUGCUGAACAGGAAAGUAAAGCGGAAUACCUGGAACUACGGAGACAGGCGCAACUGUUUGCUGUAGAUCUGCUCGAUCAAUCCCGAAGCUCCCAAGAGCUGGCCAUCAUUCUCAAUCAUGAUCCUGACGAACCAGCCUUUGUUGACGGAGAACACAUGAAAUUAGCACGUUUGGAAUUGGCCAUUGAUUUUAAGCAGAAAAAGUUCGUAGCUCACCCUAACAUCCAACAAUUGCUGGCCUCUAUCUGGUACGAAGGUGUCCCUGGAUUCCGUCGUAAAACUACAAUGGAGAAGAUCAUGAUCAUCUGUCGCGUCGCCCUAUUGUUCCCUUUCUACUGCACUCUGUACAUGAUAGCCCCAAACUGCGCCACCGGAAAACUAAUGAGGAAACCUUUCAUGAAGUUCUUAAUUCACGCUUCUAGUUACUUAUUCUUUUUGUUAAUAUUGAUCUUGGUGUCACAAAGAGCAGAGGUACAAGCUAUACAGCUCUUCGGGCCGGAGUGGAUGGUGAAAGAAUUAGAAAAAGAACUCCUGAAACAAAGGGGAAACGGACCUACAUACUUGGAACUCGUUGUGGUUGUAUAUGUACUCGGCUUCAUCUGGGAGGAAACUCAGGAGAUAUACAUCGAAGGCAUCCGUUCAUAUCUCCGUAAUAUGUGGAACUUCAUUGAUUUCACUCGGAACUCGUUGUACGUGGCGGUGGCUUUGCUACGUUUCGCGGCGUAUCUCCAGCAGGCCGCUGAGAUACGUAGGGAUCAGCAAACGAAGUUCAUACCGAGAGAAAGUUGGGACGCGUUCGACCCGCAACUUAUCGCCGAGGGCUUGUUUGCGGCGGCUAACAUCUUCAGUGCUCUGAAACUGGUCCACUUAUUCUCUAUCAACCCUCACCUCGGGCCGCUGCAGAUUUCUCUUGGUAGAAUGGUCAUAGACAUCGUCAAAUUCUUCUUCAUUUACAGCUUAGUGCUGUUCGCUUUUGCUUGCGGUUUAAAUCAACUGCUCUGGUACUUCGCGGAUCUGGAGAAAAAAAAAUGCUACGUCCUACCCGGAGGACUUCCUGAUUGGGACAAUGCCGGAGACUCUUGCAUGAAAUGGCGAAGUUUCGGAAACGUCUUCGAAGCGUCACAAUCUCUUUUUUGGGCGUCUUUCGGCAUGGUCGGGCUUGAGAACUUCGAGCUAGCUGGCAUCAAAAGCUACACCCGGUUCUGGGGUCUCCUGAUGUUUGGUUCAUACUCCGUGAUCAACGUGAUCGUCCUAUUGAACCUGCUCAUCGCUAUGAUGUCUAACUCUUAUGCUAUGAUCGAUGAGCACUCGGAUGUUGAAUGGAAAUUUGCCAGGACACGCCUUUGGAUGAGCUACUUCGAGGAGAGUGCUACUCUACCACCACCAUUUAAUAUCAUGCCAACUCCGAAACUCUUCCUAAAGGUGCUUGGACUCCGAAAGAAGGAUAAAUUAAGAAAGAUGAAAUUAAAGGAACAAAAAGAAAAAGAACACGAUGUCCGUUACACGGCAGUGAUGCGUGCGCUGGUCUGGCGAUACGUCUCCGCCAUGCACAGGAAGAUGGACGAUGAGCCAGUGACAGAAGACGAUAUCAACGAGCUGAAAGGAGACGUGUCAGCGUUGCGAUAUGAACUCCUCGAAGUGUUCGAUAGGAACGGAAUGGAUGUAUCCUUCACUGACAAAAAAGAAAAGACUGUUCUCGGCAGCAAGCAAAAAGUUUGGGAGCGACGUCUAAUGAAAGACUUCCAAAUUGCCGUGGCGGGAGUCGAAGAGGAGAAGCCUGCAAAUGAAGAUGGACUCUCUAGGUUCCGCAGGAUUGCCAAGAUGGCGAUCGCAAAUACUACCAACGCUAAAUGGGACCAGACCCUGGCGGGAACGGGUAUUUCAUCUCAAAUCGGACGUUGUCGCAGUCGGGAAUCCUUCAAGAAUCAACAGAAUCUACAGCGCGCUAUGGAAGAGGCCAGAAAACUUGUCUUACGGUCUCCCCUACCAGGUUCUCGCGCCGGUACUCCUAUAGAAAUGCCAGUGACUCCCGGACACACCCUGCUGGAGCUGAUAAAAGAUAUCUCAACUGAAGUAGGAGAGCCAGUCGACAUUAAUUCUCCUGCCACUAAAUCCCCUAUGAAAGUUUCAGGAGAAGAUACAGCUGGACUCCUACUGUCUGCUGGUGGAGCAAGUCGACCUAUCACUCCCAAGCCACGUACUCCAAGUCCUGUGCCUCCCAAGCCACUGGCGAAAGCGGCCUCGCCUGAUCCAUCAUCACGGGGACCUAGCCCAGUGCCUAAAGUAGUCAGUCCGGUACGCGAGUCAUCAAGUCCUGUGCCAAAAUUGAGCAGCCCCACUCCUGAGGGAGCGACUUCUCCACAACCUGAACCAAGUCCACUGAAGGCAAAACGUGUUACCGGCGAAUCACCUCCGAAGGUUAUCAAAAGGAAAACACCAGGACCCCCGUCACAAGGUGACCACCAGCAGGCGUCAGAAACAACUGUAGAUGACGGUAAGACGCCAGAGGAUAUAGCCGUCGCGAGACCAGUAGCCCCGGAGAUCAAGCCUACUGAAGGUGCCAUACCGCCUCCUCCACCGCCGCCAAGCAAACCAAAGGCGCCGCUAGCUCCAAGCAUGGAAGUGACACCAUGUACUCCUCCAACACACGCCCCAGCUCCAGUGACUGAUUCCAAACCUCCUUCUCCACCGAAAGCUGUUACUCCAAAGCGUGCCACUUCCCCACAGCCAUCGACUUCCACAUCCACGCGACCACCGACCCCGCCUUCGCCACCGAAUCGCCUAACAUCAACAUCAAGCACCGAGCAACUCAUACCACCAGCAUCGCCAGAGCCGCUCCGUCCAGUCAAGAAGAUUGAAGAAGUCAAAACCAUUAAGCGUCAACCGAAAACUGGAUGGCUAUAAUUAUUAAACAUACUGCAAUUGGUACCACAGUAAAAUUGUUACAGAGUUUUUAUAAGUUUUUUUUUUUUCAAUUUUAUUGUCCAAUUACCAAAAUACCAAAUUUUAACCAAUACUCGUCCUUUAUACAACCUAUUUUCGAAAAACCCAACACAAACCAGGUUGGUAAAUAAAAAAACCUUUAUUCACGAAUAAAAAUUGAAAUGCAUCAAUAACAUCGGAAUUAUCGGAUUGACAGAUGCGAGCUGAGUGGUAGUGUCAGAGCGUCAAAUUCGCGACUAGUGUGAAUGUCUGAUAGACCGCCGAUGUCGCUCUAUUACACCCGACAUUCGAUAUCCUAUUGAUCAAUGACAAUUUUUAUGUCGUAAGGUUUCGGAUCACGUCUACUUAAAAUGUCGUUGUCGGUUUUCAGGCAAGGACAAUCUUGAUUUGAUUUAAAUUUAAAUCAGACUUUUUGUUUCACAUUUAUUAGAUUUCUUUUCGAUCCGAAAAACAUUUAAGAAAAAGCGUUUCUUCUGCCAUAAAGCCUUUUAUUUACUUUUUGAUGUACAUACCUUGGUUUUACUGCGUAACAAUAUUUUAAAAUACCUAGUCUAAUUUCCUGUUUAUUUAAUUUUAAACACACUGUCAUGCUUUAUGUUAUCCUUAAGCUUAACGCAUAUUGAACUAAAAAAAAAAUCAUAUUUAAAAAAAUGUUUUGCGUUAUAUUUUUCUUCCCUUCGUAAUUGGAAAGCAUUUAACAUUUCAAUGUUCGACGGAAAAUUUUAAUGGCUUAUCAAAGAACCCGUCACUAGACUUAAGAGCCUUAAAAAUUCUCACUUAAAAUUUAUUUUCCUAAAAUUUAAGUUAUAUUUUUCUUUGACGACCGUCACGGAGUCAAGUACCUAUUUUAUGUCUACUUGAGACAAUUUUUUCUUUAAAAAAGCUUGUAGCGAGAAUCUUAGAAACAAAUAAAUAAUUAAUCAGCAUCAUUUACAAUUUUAUUUUACGCGUUCACUAUAAACAUUGUUAUGGCUAAUUUUAUUUGAUCAUUUGAUAAUUUACUUACAAAUUUACUGUUAUGGAUUUAAAAAAAGAUAACCCCAGUUUUAUAUUGUAUCGUAUCAUGGAAAAAAAUAUGAAUAAAAGUUUCCCAAAA